ACACAUAAAGAAACUUAUUCACAACUUGCAUCUAUGGCACAGGAUUUUUUAUCUAUACCAGGUACAAGUGUACCUGUUGAAAGAAUAUUUUCAGGUGGCGUUGAUUUAAUUACAAAGAAAAGAUCUAGUUUAAAUCAAGAAAGUAUUAAGACAU